UCUGGGCUCUGUGAUGAUUGUCUGUGAAAUCCUGCUGUUCUGUAUAUUCAUUUCCAGGCUUCCAUGUGCGAUUGCGAACUUGCAAAACUUGACUGUACUGGAUUUGUCGGAUAACAAAUUGCGUAGUCUACCAGCCGAGCUGGGCGAUUUGAUCUCGUUAUGUCACCUUUACCUCAAUGGCAAUCAGAUAAGGCUGAUUAUCACCACGAGCACUGAUAUUGGCUCGUCACCUGGAACAGUGCGCAUGGUGCAUUAUUAUUAUUAUUAUGAGAUAUAAAU